CCGCAUACCUGGAUGCGACUUGUAGCAAGACCAGUCGUGAAACAAUGACCACGGAGACGAUGUACGCAGUGGCGGAUUUCUGUCUCAUUCCAGUUGGCCUCGGAAGAACGUCUGUCGGUCCAGAGAUCGCAGAAGUGCAAAGAGUACUUGCAGCCAGCGGACUAGAAUACAAGCUGCAUGGGUAUGGAACGAACAUUGAGGGACCUUGGGAUCAAGUGAUGAAAGUGAUCGGAGAUUGUCACGCAGCAGUUCACAAAAUGGGUGCUAAGAGGAUAGCAACGGACAUCCGCAUAGGCACGAGGACAGAUCGAGACAUCACAUCUGGAGGCAACGCUGCCAAGGUGACGAGGGUCGAGAAUAUCCUUGCUGGCAAGGAGUAG